GUUCAUACAAGUGAAGCUGUAACAUGUCCACCAGAGAAUGAGGAAUUUGUUACUUUGGUUCCAAAUCCGUUAGACUGUAAAACCUUUUAUAUAUGCAACGGAGGCAUACCGUAUUUGAUGAAGUGCUCUCCAGGACUUCUCUUCAACCCUGUGGAUAAAGUAUGCGAUUGGCCUGCACAUGCAGGAUGUAAGCCACACAGUGAAACGACAACACUUCCACCAACCUCAGAACCUGAAAUCACAACGACUCCCGAACCUGAAACCACCACGACUCCUGAACCCGAAUGGACCACGACUUCUGAACCUGAAUUGUCCACGACUCCUGAACCUGAAAUGACCACGGCUCCCGAACCUGAAACCUCAACGACUCCCGAACCUGAAUGGACCACGACUCCCGAACCUGAAUGGAGCACGACUCCCGAACCUGAAUGGAGCACGACUCUCGAACCUGAAGGGAGCACGACUCUCGAACCUGAAUGGACCACGACUCCUGAACCUGAAACCACAACGACUCCUGAACCUGAAACCACAACGACUCCCGAACCUGAAACCACAACG